UUAUUGUAAAUUUGCCACAAAGUUAAUUCGUCACGUUUUUAAAACUCCAUACAUUGAAAGUAAAUUCGUCACAUGCCUUAAAAAGUAUGUGUAAGUUCGUCACAGGUAUAUUCGGGUUAUUGUAAAUUUGCCACAAGUAGUAAAGUACCGCCAGCAAGCAAGGCAAGUGAAUUAUACCUUUCAGCCUGCGAUGAAACCAGCAAUAUAAUGAUUUACAUUUUAAUAUUACAGUCAUCAUUCACAUAAGGUAAAUUCAUCAAUAACAUAAGGUAAAUUCAUUAUUGAGUCAAAUUGAUUUGCGCUUUUUAAAAGUUUGAAAUGAUUUUUUAUGUAGAGUGCACAGUUGAUUCUUAUGAGUUGACAAACCCAAGUUUUUUUACAUAGGUAAGGGACCUAGAUAGACAGCAGCGCUCCUGCACAUGCGCUCGCUCGCUCGCUCGCUGCACCUAUCUCUUUCUAGGCGCAAGAACCAACCCUUUAUGCAAACUUGUUAUCAGUUUAGUGACUCACAGUUUACACGACCUUGCCGGUGAGUUGGUGACGUGAUCUGCAUUUUGUUGUAUUUUAAAUUGGUGCAUCUUCAAAAAAAUGGAUCAUAAUCAGCCGAGUACAAGUUCGGGAUGCCAUGGGAUCACAUUUACGAAAACUGAAAAGGGGAGGCGAAUGCUUUUGAGAGGUGGUUAUAUGUACACUUUUCAUCGGGAAACUAAGAUUGGAACUGUAUGGAGGUGUACAGAUCGUUCAUGCAGUGCAAUUAUAAAAAUUUCGGAGAAUGAUACGAGUAGCAUUAGAAUUUUGCAUGAAGCGGCUCAUAAGUGCCAACCAAAUUUUGUGAAAACAGAAAUUAUCAAGACAAAAAAUCUUUGUAAAAAAGCAGCAGUGAGCUCCAGCACACCUAUGCCUCAAUUAUUUGAAGAAGUUUUCAAACCGGAAAAGGACGCAGGCUAUGAUUUAUUAAAUGCCUUACCGAAAUUCUCAAACUUUUCAAGAUCACUUUACAACGUAAGGAAUCAUGCAUUAAACGUACCAAAAACACAUUUUACAAAAUGCGAAGAUGUUAUAAUUCCGACAAAAUAUAUAGAUGGGUUUUUGUUAUUCGAUGAUGACAGUGACCCCAAGAACAGAAUAAUAGCAUUCUGUACCGAGGCAGCUCGUGAAGUUAUACCAAAUGUUCAUACAUAUUUUUUGGAUGGAACUUUUUCAAGCUGCUGUACACCAUUUUAUCAGCUAUACUGCAUACAUGGUGACGUGAACAGUGACGAAAACUUUACAAACAUAGUCCCUCUCAUCUACGUUCUAAUGCCUAAUAAACAAGAACGGUCUUAUGAACGUCUUUUUAUUUCACUUAAGGAACAUUUACCGAAUUGGGCACCGCUAACAAUGAUUGUCGACUUCGAAGUUGCAGUGAUAAACGUCAUAAAAAAUGUUUUUCCGGGUGUUAAACUACAAGGAUGCAACUUCCAUUUUAAACAAGCAUUGGCAAAAAAAGCUCACGCUUUAAACAUGAACAGCAUCGAUGAAAAGAGACACUUAGCCUUGUGUGCUGCUUUGGCUCACGUAAAGAAAGAGGAUAUUGAAGACGCUUGGUUGUGCAUAAUGGAAGAUGCUCCACAGAACGAAGCAGUUACAAAAUUUAAUGAUUAUUUUGUAACCCAGUGGUUAGAAAAUAAAAGUAUAGAGUUUAUUUGGAAUGUACAUGGUUAUCGUCACAGGACGAUUAAUCUAGCGGAAGCGUGGCAUAAACGUUUAAACAAUAUGAUGCAUACAAAAAAACCUAGAAUGCUUCAGUUUCUUGAAACACUUAAAAAGGAGGCUGACUAUGUAGAUGUUAAAAUAAAAAAAAUGAAACUGGCCAUACCAUUAAAUUUGAGAACACGUAGAUCUAUUGCAUAUGACAAAGAAUUAAGAACUAUUUUGGACAAUUAUAACAAUAUGUCCCUGGCUGAAAUUCUUAAAAAACUAUCUUAUUUGCAGCAUUUUAAAGACAUGUAACAUAAAAAUAUUAUAAGUUUUUAUAUAACGUUAAUUGUAAUUUAUGAUUUUUAUGGAAAACGAAAGUUGACUUAUAAAAAUAAUUAAUGUGAUUUUAACUGUGAUUUAUUAAGUGUCAUGAUCAUGAAACGCGCUAGUCUGUUUGAGUUUUGAUUUUUAUUUGCUUUGUGUUUUUCUAAUAUUAUAGGAUAUGAUUUAAGUAAAGUAAGAGCAAUAUCUUUACUUGUUAAAAUAAAAGAAUAAUAUUUUAUCCUUAUUUUUAUAGGAUUGUUAUAAAUAUUGUAGAGCCGCUUUUAGUUCAUUGCAUUUUAAAAAUAUUUAUAGAGAGGACUGUGAUUUUUACGAUUACCUAUGUAGAAUAAUAUAGAUGUUAAGUAAUAUUUUUUAUAACUGUUGUAUAUUUUUAGAACAUUCAGGGUGUAAGUGACAGUCUUUCGAAAACUUUGACCAUGGACUCAGGUCAUCUUUCUGAGCAACUUUCCCAAAGAAACCAUAUUGCGGAAAUGAAAAAAAAAAUUCGGCUUCCCAUACAAAAUUUUCGAGUGAGAUACUAAUUUUGUAUAGAAGGUCGAUUUUUUUUCAUCUCCGCAAUAUGAUUUCUUUGAGAAUGAUGAUCUGAGUCCAUGGUUAAAGUUUUCGGGUGGCUGUCCCUUACACCCUGUAUAUACAAAAUAGAUGAAAAAUAUUUUAUCCUUGUUUAAAAUAUUAAAAUAUUUUAUAUAACGUUAAUUGUAAUUUUUGAAGUGUAUGGAAAACAAAAGUUGACUUAUAAAAACAAUUAAUGUGAUUUUAACUGUGAUUUUUAAAGUGUCAUGAAACGCGCUUGUCUGUUUGAGUUUUGAUUAUUUGCUUUGUGUUUUUCUAAUAUUAUAGGAUAUGACUUAAACUAAAGAGCAAUGUCUUUACUUGUUAAAAUAAAAGAAAAAUAUUUCAUCCUUAUUUUUAUACGAUUGUGAUAAAUAUUAUAGAGCCGCUCUCAUUUCAUUACAUUUUAAAAAUAUUUAUAGAGAGAACUGUGAUUUUUACCAUUACCUAUGUAGAAUAAUGUAGAUGUUAAGUAAUACUCUUUAUAACUGCUGUGAAUUUUUAGAACAUAUACAAAAUAGAUGUUCCUUGGUUUUUAGCAAAAUUAUUUAUCUUUGUUAUGCUUUUCCUUAUGUUUUUACAAAGUCCAUCGCCAUCCAAUUUGACUGUGAUUUUUUUACAUGUAAGGUUGAAAAUCUAAAACUGAUUAAGAAAUAAACAUUUUAAAUUAA